GAUAAACUGCAGAGGCGAAUAUCGACGGCAAGAGUUGAGGGGGGACAGGUUACGCGAUAAGCCGCCAUUCGAAUUCGCGGAGGAGAUGAGUAUGCUGCAGUCGGGCAACAAGAGCGACACCCUCGUCGAGAAUCAUUGGGGAUCAGAAGCAUUCAAGCAGCCGCAGUUGCUACGUGCGAUGGCCCAUCCUAGAGUUCAUGAGGUGAAAGUCGACAUGUGCCGCUUCAAUUUACGACGUCCGAGAUAUGGAGGCAAGGUUCGCCAGUCGACCAAGCUCCUCGUGUGCAACGAGUCGCACGUCAGGAAGCUGGGCAAGAUAUGCGACGGAAAACAUCAUCAUGACCACUUGGAGGGAUCUCACUACACACGAUUGGCUGGCAGAUACACCAAGGAGUUUGCGAAAGCAGUGCUAGUUGCAUAUCAGUGCAGCAACUGGACCUACAUGAUGGAGCACGGAGUUUACGCGACCGGACACCUGAUGGACCUCGUGGGCGGAGAGUCCGACGAGUGGUUCUACUACGAGAACAUCGGUGACUACAGGGUGCUCCCGACCGAAAUUCCAGAUGGCCCCGACUGGACACGAGCGGGGCGUCGCCGCAUUGCGGAUCCCGACGCCGAUGCGGUGCUGUUGGAUUUCGAGAAGGCAGACAUUCCCUUGGAUCAUUUACGAGCCAAGCUGAAUCGCACGGCCAAGUUGAAGGUGCAGUUGUGGUACAAGCCGGAGCCGGUGUCCAGCGACCUGGGCGCCAAAGCUAGUCAAUUCGGUCCUGGAAGCUCGGGGUGCUCGAGUAAGGACUUAUCAGCGCUUCGUCAGCUACACCAGAACUUGGGCCAACCUAGUAAUGAAGACCUGGCACGAUCUGUAAGGUUCUCAGGCUGCCGAGCUGAGGUGGUCAAGGCGGCGAAGUCGUUAAGGUGCGCAUCCUGUAUGAGCAAGGCCAAGACAAAGAUAGCACGCCCAGCUCGAUUAUCUCACACGGCGGACUUCAACGAGCAGAUCGGCCUGGACUGUUUCACGAUCAAGGACGCGAGCGUCCAAUCGUGGGAUGUUCUAUUAGUGGUGGAUUGGGGUACUACAUUUCACGUUGUUGGAAUGAUCGAGAGCCGCCAUGCAGAAACAUUCGUGCGGGUAUUCACUCAGAUUUGGACCAGCUGGGCAGGGCCUCCGACAAGCGUCGCGGUGGAUCUCGAGAGAGGAUUUGGCGCAGUCUUCCAGGGGAUGCUCGACAGAUUUCACUGCACCGUGGUGCCAGGGGCAGGACAAGCCGCGUGGCAACAUGGACGGACUGAAAGGCAAGGAGGCUGGUGGAAGGAGCUAGCCGAGAGGACGAUUGCGCAUGCUCAAGCAGCUGGCGAGUCAGAUAUGCGCGUGCUCCCGUCAUUUGUCACAGGUGCGAAGAACGCUUUGUGCAGACAGUGCGGUUUCAGUCCGGAGCAGUGGGUGUUUGGAAUGAGUGCACGCUUACCUGCCGACCUGGUUGACGGAGCUCACCGCGAUGCUGCUCGCGAGGGCGCGAAGCUACAGCCGAUGGAACGACGACCCAAGAUGAGGACAGCGGCGCGCAAGGCCUUCAUGGAGAUGCAGAACGACAGCACAUUGCGCAAGGCUCUUCUUGGACGUGCCCGAGUUACACCUCAUCCCUUGGAGAAGGGAGAUGUGUGCUUCUACUAUCGGCAGCUCAAGAAGGGCUCCAUCAAGAAAGGGACCUGGCUUGGCCCGACAGUAGUGGUAGGCAAGCAGGGCCAAAAUUAUUGGAUAUCGCACGGUGGUUUCACGAAGCUCACUGCUUCAGAGCACGCUCGACCGAUCUCGUCCGAGGAGAUCUGGUGGCCUGGUAUUGACGAUCAACACGGGGAGGCCAUCGAGCAGUUGCAGCGCGCCAACAGGGGCACCGACGUGGCCGCCGAUGCGGAGUACGCGGACCUUCGAGCUGAACCACCGCCGCCGCCAGAAGGGCCAGACUACGGAGACUGGAGUCGCGAGGAGUUUCAGAGAAGACGAGAAGUAUACAGCCCGCCCGACGACGUGCCGCUGCGCAUCAAGUCGGCGCGAGCCAAGGCAGAAGGAGCGCGUCAAGCAGCCCGGCCAUAUUACACGAUCGCGGAUGACGAUUUGGACGAAGGAAGCUCCACCAACGCCGCCUUCGCCACGAUGCUGCGGGGAGCUCGAGCCCAGAGCGAGAGGCUCCGGAAGAAGCUGCAAAAUAAGGAGAUCGCUUGGAAGGACAUUCCCGACGAGCAGGAGGGCCUCUACCUCAAGGCGAUCGCGGAGCACUGGGAAGAAUGGAAGAAGUUCGGGUCGGUGGAGGUGACGUCGCUCGAGGCCUCAGCCAAGGCGAAGGAGCAGCGCGACAAGAGUCGGCUCCUGCCGUCGAGGUUCGUGUUUCGCGACAAGAACGCUACCAUGCGCACGGAGGCGAAACCAGUACCAGUUAAGGCCAAAGCUCGGUUGUGCGCUGGAGGCCACCGCGAUCCAGAUCUACAAACUGGAGCUUUGACAACCGACGCUCCGACCGUGACGCGUACGAGCUCGCUGCUGUUCUUCAUCAUGACAGUUCGGCACGACUGGGAGCCCGUGUGUGCAGACAGCAUGUCCGCGUUCAUGCAGGGCGAGGAGCAACCUCGCGAGAACGAGCUUUUCAUGGAACAACCUGCUCAAGGAUUGCCCGGAUUGGUACCUGGACAAGUGCUGCGAGUUGUAAAAGGUGUAUUCGGUCUUGCGACGGCUCCAAGGCAAUGGCGGGCCACUCUGAAGAGAACCCUACUCAAGGUGGAGUUGAUCGGUGAGAACGGCUGCAAGUUCAGCCUGGUGCAGAGCCUGGUGUUCGCCGACAAGCUGGAGCCACUCGACCUCACCAAGGAGCGCAUACGAGACCUUGGAUGUCCAGCCGCGGAGUUGGAGAUCGCCGAGAACAGAAGCUUGGUGGGGAGUUUGGGCUGGCUUUGGACUCAGAUGCGGCCCGAUUUAUCAGCAGGAGUUUUGAUGUCUCAGAGAGUUCAGAACUCGCCAGUCGUGGCCGACCUCAUCGAGACCAACCACAUCGUGUCCGAGGCUCGACGCUUUAGGGAGACCGGCGUCACCAUUCCGAAGAUGGAGGGAGACUUGUGCAUUCUGCUGUUUCACGACGCCGCCUGGGCGAACGUCGACGAGCCAGAUGGCAAGGUUCCUGGAGUUGCUUGGUGGCGUGCCCGCAGAGCACGCGCGGCCUUCGCCUCGGAAGCGCCCAAGCGCCUCAAAGCCAAGAGUCGAGCGGGAUUCCUGACAGUCGUGGCCGAGAAGAAGAUCCUCAAUGAUGGCGAGGGCACAGCUGCACUA